GUAAUGUUAUGGUUUUAGGUAAGGCCCGUCUUCCCUGCUCAUGUCAAGAUAGAUUUGGGCGACGGCAGGAGCAUGUCUGCCUCCAUGGUGAGGGCCACCGUCCGGGCGGUCAGCAAAAGGAAGAUAUUGCCGACCAGAGCCGCGUUGACGCUGACUCCAGCUGCCGUGAGCAAGAUCAGGACACUGCUGCACGACAAACCUGAAUAUAUUGGUCUGAAGGUGGGGGUGAGAACGCGUGGCUGCAAUGGACUCACAUACACACUGGACUACACCAAGGAGAAGGACAAAGCUGAUGAGGAGGUGCUGCAGGACGGGGUGAGGGUGUUCAUCGAGAAGAAGGCUCAGCUGACCUUGCUGGGAACUGAAAUGGACUUUGUUGAGUCAAAACUGUCCAGUGAAUUCGUCUUCAACAAUCCCAACAUCCAGGGCACGUGUGGCUGCGGAGAGAGCUUCAACAUGUGAGAGUUGUGGACCCCCCAACACACACACACACACACACAUAUACACACACUAACACACACACACACUCCUGUAACCUUCCCGGAUGCCCGCUGAUAAAGACUGAGUGUUUUGAAAGCUGAUGAGGGAAUCGGACCUGCAGAGCACCCUUGGAACUGAACAUGCCUGUGUUUCUACUACUGGCCAUGACCUGCAGACUGCAUACAAACCCCCGAGAACAUGACCUGCAGACCGCAUACAAACCUCCGAGAACAUGACCUGCAGACCACACACAAACCCCCGAGAACAUGACCUGCAGACUGCAUACAAACCCCCGAGAACAUGACCUGCAGACCACACACAAACCCCCGAGAACAUGACCUGCAGACUGCAUACAAACCCCCGAGAACAUGACCUGCAGACUGCAUACAAACCCCCGAGAACAUGACCUGCAGACUGCAUACAAACCUCCGAGAACAUGACCUGCAGACCACACACAAACCCCCGAGAACAUGACCUGCAGACCACACACAAACCCCUGAGAACAUGACCUGCAGACCACACACAAACCCCUGAGAACAUGACCUGCAGACCACACACAAACCUCCGAGAACAUGACCUGCAGACCGCACACAAACCCCUGAGAACAUGACCUGCAGACCACACACAAACCCCCGAGAACAUGACCUGCAGACUGCAUACAAACCCCCGAGAACAUGACCUGCAGACCACACACAAACCCCCGAGAACAUGACCUGCAGACUGCAUACAAACCCCCGAGAACAUGACCUGCAGACUGCAUACAAACCCCCGAGAACAUGACCUGCAGACUGCAUACAAACCUCCGAGAACAUGACCUGCAGACCACACACAAACCCCCGAGAACAUGACCUGCAGACCACACACAAACCCCUGAGAACAUGACCUGCAGACCACACACAAACCCCUGAGAACAUGACCUGCAGACCACACACAAACCUCCGAGAACAUGACCUGCAGACCGCACACAAACCCCUGAGAACAUGACCUGCAGACCACACACAAACCCCUGAGAACAUGACCUGCAGACCACACACAAACCUCCGAGAACAUGACCUGCAGACCACACACAAACCUCCGAGAACAUGACCUGCAGACCGCACACAAACCCCUGAGAACGUGACCUGCAGACCACACACAAACCUCCGAGAACAUGACCUGCAGACCACACACAAACCCCUGAGAACAUGACCUGCAGACCGCACACAAACCCCUGAAAACAUGACCUGCAGACCGCACACAAACCCCUGAGAACAUGACCUGCAGACCACACACAAACCCCUGAGAACAUGACCUGCAGACCGCACACAAACCUCCGAGACCAUGACCUGCAGACCGCUCACAAACCUCCGAGAACAUGACCUGCAGACCACACACAAACCUCCGAGACCAUGACCUGCAGACCACACACAAACCCCUGAGAACAAAUGCUCAUGCUUCAGUGUGUGACAGUCACCUCCACAUGCCACACCUGACGGCACCAGUCUGUAACCCCGACUACUCUCAAGUGUUUUUUUAAUUUAUUCUGGAUCCGAUAUUAAUCUUUUAUUCUGGUACUGAGCGAGUCUCGCAUCUUAUUUUUGGAUCUCGGGUAAGAACACUUACGGAGGCCUCGGUAGCUUGGCUUUUUAUAAUUUGGUGAACAGUUACCAUCUCCCACUUACAAAGCCAUUAUUUACAGGACCUGGAGUUCUGUCAAGGUCUGAAAACACUGAUCAGGAGAAGAACCCAGAGGAGACUUGAUGCUCAGUAAUCCAGGUGAGGAGGUCCCUGGAGGCUGAGUCAGGUCGUCUGGACACCAGACGUUGGUUCUCCCACGAAACGCAGUGUCCAGAUGAGCUGACUCGGCUUGCUGGGCUGACCAGAGGUGGUGCCUCCUCCCUUCAGGCCUGGCCCCAUGUGAGGCAUGUUACUCAAAGCAUGUAGUAUUAUUAUUUAUUCUUUUAACCUACCCACAAGAGUCCACAGAGGUGUGUAGUAACACGUGCCGUUUGUGAGGCCUCAGUGUUUCUGUUGUUCUGUCACGCAGCAGAAACCGGUGGCGGACGACGUUUAAGAGUUCCGGUGUGUCUUGAAACUGGUUUUGGAAUUUCAUUUAAAUUCUUGUUAUGAAAAGUAUGUAGUUCAUAUGUAAAGUGUGUGUGUAUAUAUUAACCAAGAAUGUAAAGCUCCCUCAAACCGCAACAUGACGCACAAAAAGACAUAUCCCUCACCCUCGCACUGAGGUUUAUGUUGACUUUAUUUCACUUUUUGUUUCUUUGCUCAAUCAAAGCCAGAACUUUGUGUUUGUAGAGACUGUUUGCUGGUCACCUGUCAGAUUUUUAACAAGCAGAACGUGUCUGUGUACAGCUUCUAUGAAAUUAUUUACAAUAAAUCUGAAGUAAAGCGA